UGGCUGGCUGGCGUGUCUCUGGUCCUUCAGUUCUCUGGCUCCAGGACGCAGUGGCUCCAGCAACCUCACUUGGUCCACACCAUGGCCUCCUGCUGGCAGGGUCUGUGGGCUUAUCGCUCCUUCCUGUUUGUGUUAUUUCUGCCCAUUUUGCUGCUGCCUCUGCCCAUCCUCAUCCCCAACAAGGAAGCCUACUGUGCCUACACCCUCAUCCUCAUGGCGAUCUUCUGGUGCACUGAGGUCCUGCCGCUGGCUGUCACCGCUUUCUUCCCUCUCUUCCUGUUCCCUCUGAUGGGCAUCAUGGAAGCCUCUGAGGUCUGCAUUGAGUAUCUGAAGGACACCAGUAUCUUAACAAUCGGGGGGCUGAUGGUGGCCAUUGCUGUGGAGCACUGGAACCUGCACAAACGCAUCGCCCUCCGGACACUCCUCCUCAUUGGGACACGGCCUGCCCUGCUGAUCCUGGGCUUCAUGGUGGUCACAGCCUUCCUGUCCAUGUGGAUCAGCAACACAGCCACCUCAGCCAUGAUGGUGCCCAUUGCUCACGCAGUCCUGGAGCAGCUGCACAGUACACAAAAGGACAUCAAGGGAGAGAACGACAACCCCACCUUCGAGCUUCAGGAGCCAAGUUCCCAGAAGGAGGUGGCCAAGCUUGAAAAUGGCCAGGUCACACCUGUUCAUUCAGAGUCAACAACCAAGAGGACCAAGGAGGAGCUCCGCUUUACUCAGGGAAUGUCCCUAUGCGUCGCCUACUCAGCCAGCAUCGGGGGCAUUGCCACACUGACCGGCACCACACCCAACCUGGUGCUGCAAGGCCAGUUGAACUCGAUCUUCCCUGAAAACCCCAACAUCGUGAACUUUGCCUCUUGGUUUGGCAUUGCCUUCCCCUCCAUGGUCAUCUUGCUGCUGUUGUGUUGGCUAUGGCUACAGAUUCUCUUCUUGGGUUUCAACUUCAAGAAGAACUUUGGCAUUGGAGAUCAUAGGAAGGAGAGAAAUCAAGUGGCCCUUCAGGUCAUCCAGACACAGCACAAGAUGCUGGGUCCCAUGAGCUUUGCCGAAAAGGCUGUCACUUUCCUCUUCGUCACACUGGUGGCGCUAUGGUUCACGAGAGAGCCAGGCUUCUUCAGUGGCUGGGGUAAUCUGGCUUUUGCCAACAGCAAGGGGGAAAGCAUGCCAUCUGAUGGAACUGUGGCAAUGUUCAUCAGUAUAAUUCUAUUCAUUGUGCCCUCUGAGUUCCCAGGGCUGACCCAGGACCCAGAACACCCAGGGAAGCUGAAGGCCCCACCUGCCCUCCUCACCUGGAAGAUCGUGAACAAGAAGAUGCCCUGGAACAUUGUGUUGUUGCUAGGUGGUGGCUUUGCCCUGGCCAAAGGUAGUGAGAAAUCUGGCCUAUCCAAGUGGGUGGGGGACAGACUGUCCCCACUGCAGCACGUGCCAUCUCCUGCCACUGCCUUCAUUGUCUGUCUCCUGACUGCUACCUUCACCGAGUGCAUUAGCAACGUGGCCACCACCACACUCUUCCUGCCCAUCUUGGCCUCCAUGGCUCAGGCCAUCUGCAUCCACCCACUCUAUGUCAUGCUCCCCUGCACCUUGGCUUCCUCCCUGGCCUUCAUGCUGCCUGUGGCCACCCCGCCUAACGCCAUCAUCUUCUCCUUUGGGGAUCUCAAAGUGACGGAUAUGGCCCGUGCUGGAUUCCUGCUCAACAUCAUCGGGGUGCUGGUCAUCAUGCUGGCCAUCAACAGCUGGGGCGUCUCUAUCUUCAACCUGCACACCUUUCCCUCAUGGGCCCAGUCAAACAUCACCCAGUGCCUCCCCAGCCAGCCCAGCUUCACCACACCUAGCCCCUAGAUUGGGUGCAACCUGGCUAAGUCCACCUCCAUCCCACUCCUCUGAGCCAAGAGGAGACACCCCAAGCUCCAAGCCCAGGGCCAAGAGCUGCCAGAAAAGUCUGUGUGUUCACCACCUCAUGCGUAUCCAUGAGAAGGUGUGCACCCUCUCCAGAGUGUCAGAGGAAAAUGAUUGUGUCUGAAUUUGUAUGUAUACACGUGUGUGAAUGAGGGCUUCCAGUGGGGCUUUGUAUGCAGGCUUGACAGGGCACACGUGUGCAUCUGCAAAAAACACACAUGUCCUUCCUUGUCUUCCUGGCUUGGGAGCCAGACCCCUUUGCACAUAUUUAUUGAAACUUUGGGUUAGAGUGGCCUGGAAGCAAGGCCUGCUAUGGGCACAGCCUUUGGGACUCCAGCCCAGUCUCCCCAGGUUUGGGAAGGGUUCAGAUGUUAGCCACAUUAAAGCCUUUUCCAGU